GCUGGCGUUCGAUGCCCCCUAUUUCGCCGCAUGGGGGGCAAGUGGAGAUGCUCUAAUAGGAAAUUCCCACACUCAAGCCCCGCCCGAGAAAUUCCUGGCAGCGAUGGCUCCCGGCGCGGCUCGGAUGCCAACGCCGGCCAGGACUUGGCCGUACUCUCCACCAGCGCGGCCCCCUGCCACCGUGCCUCACAAUUGGUAUGCCCCCAUGGUGACUGCCGGCGGCAGACGCCUGACAUGUCGGCGGUGCGAUUCGGGGAGGAGACCGAGCGGUGGUCCGGGGAGUGGCGCGUUGAGGGGAGCACCAUAUGCUCUCGCGCAUGCAUGGCGAUUAUGGACGACGACGAGUUUGGCCGGAUGCGGAGAAGAAGACGGCGAUUGGAAUCACCAUGGCUCGAUUCCUUGGGCCACAACAGAGAAGACGAGGAGGCCGAACUGUGGUGCUGAAAAUCUUUGACGCGGGGAGCUUCAUAUGCCGGCGCUAAGGAUGGAUUUUCUUCCAUGGCUGGGCCACGUCAAUAAAAAAUCAAUUUGUGCAGAUCCGCAACACAGAAAAGAAAAGAAAAAAAAAGAAAGAGGAGUAGGAAGGAGACGAGAAGGAGGCAACACGCGGCGGCGCGCAGGUUGUCGUGUACUUGCUGUUGUAUAUAUAUUUUAUAUAUACGAAGUGGACUGCAUUUGCAAUCCAGUUUGUUCCCAUGGAAGAGGCAACAAUCUGCACCACAGGGAACGCUGUCGGGGUGAGUUUGGAUGAGAGGUUUGCAAUAAUGCGGAGCAUAGGCUUGGAGAGCAUUGAUGAGGAUGAUGUUAGGAGGCUACUGGGCAAGAAUGUUGCUCCAGUUUGCUAUGUUUGGUGUGAUCCCUCCCCUUUGGUUCAUGUUGCCCAGGGGAUCAUGAUGGUGAUCAAAAUUAGGAAGAUGGUAGAAGCUGGUUGCAGAGUUAAAAUCUUGAUAGCAGAUUGGUUUGCUUGUAUGCAGAACAAAUUUGAUGGCGAUCUAACCAAAAUUCGAUCUGUCGGAUUUUACAUGAUUGAGAUAUGGAAAGCAGUUGGUUUGGAACUUAAUACGGUACAGUUCAUAUGGUUGUCCGAUGAAAUAAAUAGCCAUUCAGAUGAAUACUGGGCACUUGUCAUGGAUAUUUCCAGAAAUAAUACAUUGAGGACGAUGAUAAGGUGUUGUGGAAUUCUGGAUCCAUACAUUCUUAACGAAGAAGAUCGUAUUGUUGGUUCAUAUGACCAUGAAGAUGUGGUGGCUUCAACGCUCUUUACACCUUGCGUGCAAUGUGCUUGUAUAUUAUUCCAAAAGGCAGAUAUAUGGCUAUUGUCCAUGGAUCAUGAAGAGGAUCUUCACCACAAGCUAGUUAGACAGUACUGCAAAGGCAUGGAGCAUCAACAUAGACCUAUUAUUCUGUCCUAUAGUAAGCUCCCCAAUUUAAUAGAACACCCUGAAUUUGCUAAGAAUGGAGAUCCAGCUUGUGCUAUCUACAUGGAAGAUCGGGAGGUUAAUUUAAGAGACAAACUAAGCAGAGCUUUCUGUCCUGCGAAAGUUGCAGAAGGCAACCCAUGUCUGGAGUACAUCAAAUAUAUUGUGUUUCCAUGGUUCGGAUACUUUGAGGUACUCAGGAAGGAAGAGAACGGUGGUAGCAGGAUGUUUCAGAAUAUGGAAGAGCUUAUCACUGAUUAUGAAAGUGGUGCUCUGGAUGCCACUGAGGUGAAGCUGGCCCUUACAGAAGCCCUAAGUAAGAUUCUGAAGCCUGUACGUGACUACUUCGCAAACAGCUGUAAGGCCAAAAAUCUGGAGGAGGCUAUGUUGGGUGUAUCUCUCAAUACUAGGGAGUAAAGGAGGAAAAUGAUGAGUUCGAGGAAAUUUUAGUGAAGAUAUGUAAGGCGAUUAAGUGAGGUUGAAUACACAGGAAAGGUUCAUGGCGGCGCUAUGUAUUGGCAUUUUGUGUCCAUGACUUUGUAAUCUCUGAUAACCAUUUAGUCCCACC